GUAUAGGGCAUUCAUUUCAUAAGUUGUAAAAUUUGGAAGAGAGAGAAAGAAAGGAGGAUAUCAAAGAAAAGAAAUCAUAAUCUUUCCUUUGAUUCCUCCUCUUCUUCUUCUCCUGUCUGAAAAUAAUCCAUCCACCCCCCAUUGAUUGAUUGAUUCCAUUCCCCACUUCCAAUUCCAAAUCUUAUCCUAUUUCUUUCUGUCAUUUUCACCCCUUUUUUUUGUUCUUAUUCAAUUUCCUGAUAGUUGCGUUAGAUCUCAAUCAAUCCCACAAAAUCACACAAUACCCAAAUCAAGAAAAAGGUCAAGUCAAUUAAAGAGGGAAUAACUGUUUUGAUUCAUCCAUGGCGUCUUCUUCUUCCUCAUCUCAGCUUCGUCUUAUGUCUGAUCUCAAAUCCAUCAUCAACGAACCCCCUGAAGGUUGUAGCGCAAGUCCAAUGUCAGAUGAAAAUCUGUUUGUUUGGAGUGCCACCAUUUUUGGCCCUGAUGAAACCCCUUGGGAAGGUGGUGUUUUUAGUCUAAGGUUGACAUUUACUGAUAAUUACCCAGAAAAGCCUCCUCGAGUUCGUUUUACCUCGGAUAUUUUUCAUCCUAAUGUUUAUCACGACGGUACAUUGUGCAUGGACAUCAUUCAGGAUGCUUGGUCACCCUGCCACAAUGUAGCUACAAUCUUGACAUCUAUACAGUCCCUUCUAACUGACCCGAAUCCUUCAAGUCCCGCAAAUCCCGAGGCUGCUCAACUCUUCCAGCAUGACAAUCCGGCUUAUAACAAGAGGGUUCGAAGAUGUGCCCGAAAAUCCACCGAGUACUCUUGAUGCAAAGCAAACAUGUUGAACCUCGUUGUCUUUCGGCAGGGUCUUGACUUCAGCUCUGUGAUUAGCCUUGAUGGGUUUGUUCAUGUCCAAGUUUUGGAAUAGUUGCACAAUCCUGUCAAUAAACACACUAAAAUUUACUAUUUCUCAUGCUUGUGUCAUCUGUUUCAAUUCAAUUCAAUUCAAUUCAAAGAUGAUGUUGUAUGACUUGUAACAAACACAUGUUUGUAACUGUAAGUUGGUUGUACACUACUUAUACAGAAAUAGUGAAAAUUCAACAGAACUUCAAGAGUUCA